AACUUGUGGGGCCUUCGAGGCGUCGCAAGAAGCCCUUCCUAGAAGGGAAAACAGCCGCUGGCGUGUUGCCUACUUCUAGCCUCGUUUGUUCUCGCCGUGGAGUCUUGAUAUUUUUAAUUUGAUUACAGCAUUAAAUCACUGCACUUGGUGGAGGGGAGGGGAGAAGAGAAAAAACUCUACGCUCCGGUCUGGCUCAAACAUCGCGAGAUUUGCCUGCGCGAAGAGCAACCCCGCCCCCCACAACUGUAUGAGGUUGCGCAUGCGCCUGACUAAUUUUUUUUUUUUUUUUUUAAGCGCGGAAACGUUUUGAAACUUUUUGGUGAAUAACAGUCAAGCUAGUUUGACCCUCGAGAAAGGUCGGAGGAUAAUUUACGUUGGCGCGAUGGAUUCAAGCACACAACACUACUUUGCUCGAGAUUUUGCAGUAACUACUCCACAUGCUCGUACGGUGGUUCCUCUUUUCCUUACUGUGCGUCUGCCGUGAAUUCUCUGAGAAUUCAGCGAAUCGAAUAAUAAAGGAGUGGACAUGGGAGAGUCGUUCAGGCUUGAAAACCAGAGUGAUGGGCUUUAUGUAUUUGGAAAGAUAACCCUGGGUGCGACAGAAGGAAUAAAUUUUUAAGGACCGUGAAAAAAAAAUUUUUUUUUUUCCUGGAGACCAAGAGGGAUUGUGAAGUAAGGAUACGUGGGGCACCUGGGCGAGCAUUCAGUUUCUUCCUGCAGUGUCCUGGCCCUGCGGGUCCCUUCAGCCACACCUCAGGCAGGAUGCAGUGUGGAUUUCAUGGAGUGGAAUAGUGGAACUGAGCUAUCAAGACACCAGCUUGUUACAAAAGUACAUACAUUCUGCUUUUUAGCCUCCAGAGUCACUUGGUAUGAGAGUCCAUCUUGAUAUUGGCAGCAAUCUCUAGUCAACUUUUGAUUUUGAAUAUAUUUUGAUUUUUUAUGUACUGUCUGGAAUACAAGGCAGAGGAACGAUGCACUAUGUGAUUUUAGUCGACCAGCAAAGGAAUUGCUUGUAGGAAGCAGGCUGUGAGCCAAGGGGAAGGCAGAGGACAGAUAUGACUGUGUUCCCAAGCUUCUGUGGUGGUUUAUGGCAUCCUCCAAACUCCUCUACAAGCGUUGAACCUGACCAAGAAGACCCAAGGAGACCGUCUCUGAAAUCAAGUCCAGAUGGAGAACUAAGAGGGGAAAAAUGAAUAUGGUUUUUGCUCACAGAAUGGAUAACAGCAAGCCACCGUUGGUUGUUCCUACACUGCUGGUGCCGCUUCACAACCACAGCUGCGCAGAGACAGCCACCCCUCUGCCGAGCCGAGACCUGACCGAGCUCUCCCCAGAGCACAGCUGGAGGAGCAACGGAACAGACUCACAGUAUGGCCCGAGCCCCGGGGAGGUGGCCGCAGCCAGCACUUUCUUUGGGGCCCUGUGGCUGCUUUCUGUCUUUGGCAAUUCCCUGGUGUGUCUGGUCAUCCACCGCAGUAGGAGAACUCAGUCCACCACCAACUACUUUGUGGUGUCCCUGGCAUGCGCCGACCUCCUGGUCAGCGUGGCCAGCACGCCUUUCGUCCUGCUGCAGUUCUCCACCGGCCGCUGGAUGCUGGGCAGCGCCACGUGCAGGGCCGUGCGCUACUUUCAGUAUCUCACCCCGGGAGUCCAGAUCUACGUGCUCCUGUCCAUCUGCAUAGACCGGUUCUACACCAUCGUCUACCCACUGAGCUUCAAGGUGUCCAGAGAGAAAGCCAAGAAGAUGAUCGCCGCAUCCUGGAUCUUCGAGGCGACCUUUGUGACCCCCGUGUUGUUCUUCUACGGCUCCAGCUGGGACAACCACUGCAACUAUUUCCUUCCCUCCUCUUGGGAAGGAACCGCCUAUACUGUCAUCCAUUUCUUGGUGAGCUUUGUGAUCCCGUGCAUCCUCAUAAUCUUAUUUUACCAGAAGGUCAUAAAAUACAUUUGGAGAAUCGGCACUGAUGGCCGGACAGUGAGGCGGACCAUGAACAUUGUCCCAAGGACAAAAGUGAAAACAAUCAAGAUGUUCCUCAUUUUAAAUCUGCUAUUUUUGCUCUCCUGGCUGCCUUUUCAUGUCGCUCAGCUGUGGCACCCCCAUGAGCGAGACUAUAAGAAAAGUUCCCUUGUGUUCACUGCUAUCACGUGGAUAUCCUUUAGUUCCUCAGCCUCUAAACCUACUCUGUAUUCCAUUUAUAAUGCCAAUUUUAGGAGAGGCAUGAAAGAGACUUUCUGCAUGUCCUCAAUGAAGUGCUACCGAAGCAAUGCCUAUACUAUCACAACCAGUUCAAGAAUGGCCAAAAAAAACUAUGUCGGCAUCUCAGAAAUCCCUCCAUCGGCCAAAACUAUAACCAAAGACUCAAUCUAUGAUUCGUUUGACAGGGAAGCCAAGGAAAAAAAGCUUGCUUGGCCCAUUAAUUCAAAUCCACCAAAUACUUUUGUCUGAUUUCUCAGAAUUCUUUCAGUUAUUAUUAUGCACCAGAGGUUAAAAAUUUAACUAUAAAAACAAGCUGUAUAUGUAUUUUUUCAAUCAAUUUUCUGAGGGAAAUGUUUUAUUAUACAGAAUGCAUUCGCUAUUGAUUUUAGUUUUUGUCUUUUUUAAUUUAGUUGCUUUUGUUUUAGAGGAAGCUUUUCACCUUGAGCUUAUUUAUGGUCAACAGUCCCUUUACUAUAUUAGUUACAUGCAUUAAAAAAAAAAAAAAA